AGCGAGGUCGACGUCAAGGGCAAGGUUUCUGCUGGCAUGGAGGCCGAGCUCAAGUCCGAGCAGGUGCGGGUCUAUGUCAACAUCGCCGUGUGCCACAAGAAGAGUGGUCGCCACAUCGCCGCGGCCGACACGGCCACGGCGGCUCUGGCCCUGGAGCCCGAGCACGUCAAGGCUCUCUUCCUGCGCGGCGGGGCCCGGCUGGCGUCCCGCAGCCCGACGGAGGCUGUGCAGGAUCUCAUGCUGGCGGUCUCGCUCGAUCCGGACAACGCCGGCGCGCGGGCGGAGCUGAAGCGCGCCCUGGCCUGCAAGCGGGCGGAGGCGGGCGGCCCGCACGGCGGCCUCGGCAGGGCGCAGGUCAUCGAGAAGUUGACCGAGAUGGUGCGCCGGCAGAGCGAGGUGCAGCAGAAGAUCAGCGCCCUUGCGCGCGAGAUGGCCGAGGAGCAGCCGCGGCCCGCCGGCGCCGCGGAGCCGCCCGGCCCGGCGGUGCUCGGCUUCCUGGACGCGCACGCGAGGGUGAUGGCCUGCGGCCUGCCCAAGGACGCGCUGCAAGACUACGGCUUCGACGACGAGGCCUUGCAGGAGAUUUUGUUGGAGUUUGAGGACGACACAGAGGUUAUGGCCUGCUCGCAGCAGCUGGUGCACGUUCCGGACAGGGGUGACCCUGCUCGCGCGGAGCUGAUCAAGUUCAAAACCAUCGUGGAGAUCCACAAGUGCAUGAUGGAGGUCAUGCGGGAGGUGCUCGGCGACUUCCAGAAGCUGCCAGAGGACCAGCAGCUGGCCUUCUCCAGGCGGGAGCGCGAGGCCUCGGCGGAGCUGAUAGUGACGCUGGCCGUGGAGACGCGGUUCGACGUGCUGUGCGAGGACGUGGAGCUGGCGGUCAUCCUGCACGAGGAUCGGCGGGCAGGAUCCCCCGAGUUCCUCCAGUGCAACGAGGAGAUUUCGGGGCUGAUGCGGGCUCUGGCCGGGUCUGCGGAGGCCACCUGACAUCACGCCUAGUUGCGCGCCGGCAGUCCGAACGCCUGAGCACUUGACGUGACGACUGUGAUUUUUCUCCACGCGGGGCGGUCUGGGCACCCCUCCCGCCGCGGUCCGCGCGCACUUCGUCUCGCCGUGAGGAGGGCGCCUCUGUGCGUCGGCGGGCGCCCUUCCCACCCGCAGGUUCGGCGCGCGCGGGCCCCGCCGCGCAGAUCGGGCGGCGCGCCCCGCGCGGAGCGGCGUCCGCCGCGGUGCCGGCA